GAACAGCUUUGGUGGCCCGGCAUAUUUGACGAAUGCUUUCCUAGUAGCUGAAUAGCUUUAAUUUCAAGUCGCCAAGAUGUCUGCGCUCUUCAACUUCAGGUCCCUCUUACUCGUCAUCUUGCUGUUGAUUUGCACGAGCGCCUAUGUCCACCAUUUCACCCCGGGCAUCAUGGACCGGAACAAGAACGGAGUUAUGGGUAUCUUCUGGAAAUGCGCCAGGAUAGGGGAGCGACUAAGUCCAUAUAUAAGUAUAUGCUGUGUCAUCAUGGCCGUUUCCAUCCUGCUCAGCUAAAAAAUCUACGACCUACAAUCAAAAAUGAAGAAAAAAAAAAAAGAUACCAGCCGAAACCUUUUAUUUGGACACAUACCAGAGAACCACGCGCUUUUUUCGGAGUUUCAGGCGAACGGAUGCAGCUUGCGCGAGAAGGGACUUACACGAUCUGUUCCGAUAGACAUACAGCGGCACACCCUUCAGAGGAAAGGGUAAAAGAGUCUGGAAAAGAAAUACCAACACAACAGCGAAUAGAUUCAAUGGUUGCUGCGUCAGCAAGCCUCAGAUAUGGCCUAUUAGUUGGUCAUUCGGAGAGCUAUAAUGCGCUCUCUGCCUGUAUGCAUUCGGACGAAACAUGAGCUUCUGUCUAAUACGCCAGAACGGAUGGGGGAUAUCUCAUGACGAGCUCCUAGAUGAGACGAAUCUAGCACUUUCUACAUCAUCACUAGCAAAAGACAAAAGCCACAUCAUUGUCUGACCAUGUAUUUUUUACCAUAGCAUGCUAAUUGCAAUUAAAUGAGAUACUUUUCC